AUGAAUGCGUAUCUAGAGUUCUACAUUGAUUCAGAGUCCACUUUGAGAUACAGGAAACAAACACUUGGAGAGCAAAAGCACCAAAGCAAACGCAGAGCACUUUUGGAGACCCUAGCGCGACCGAUCUACUGGCUCGAGAGAUGGAUGGGGUAUCUAAUGUUCGAGAGGGUUCACUCAACCACCAGUCUGGCAUUACUGAUAAUGCUUCUGAGAUACAAAACCCAGCUCUAA